CUCCUCAAGUCUUCCCACUUUUUGUCUUUCAUUUGACUACGAGAUGAUUUUAAAAGCUGCUCUAGUCAACUCGGCACUGCUUCUCGCUGCAGGAAGCUCUGCACAGAUCACUAAUGUCAAGCAAGCUUUCUACACCCUUCAAAGUUGGUAUAACCCAGGCUCUGGUAUUUGGGACGGAGAUGGAUGGUGGAAUGGUGCAAAUGCCUUCACCGUCGUGGCUGAGCUUGCACUAGCUGCACAAACCAAGAAUGACUCGUCUAUCCUUCAAUCAGCAACAAACAUAUUUGCAAACACGUGGAUUGUCGGUCCCUCAUCGAACGGAAACAUACCCCAACAAUCUGGUGGUAACUAUGACUCGAGUAAUGCAACGGCUUGGGGUGGCCCUGCGUAUGACGACAACGGAUGGUGGGCUCUAGCAUGGAUUGCCGCAUAUGAUGCUACUAAAAAUGAUACCUAUUUGCAAUUGGCUCAAGGAAUGUUCGACGAUCUCGUUACUGAUGCUUGGGGAACGAGAUGUGGCAAUGGUGGAGUGUAUUGGAACUCCGAUCAUUCAUACGUAAACGCAAUCACCAACGAGCUUUUCCUUUCCAUUGCUGCCCAUCUGGCCAAUCGUGUAUCCGAUAACUCGUCGUACUACAUCUCAUGGGCUGAGAAGGAAUGGAAUUGGUUCGCUACCAGUGGCAUGAUUAACGAGAACAACACCAUCAACGAUGGACUUACCGAUCCUUGCACAAACAAUGGCCAGACAGCCUGGUCAUAUAAUCAGGGCGUUGUUCUUGGUGGCCUUGUUGAACUAAACAAAGCCUCUCCCAAUCAAUCCUACAUUGACUCAGCCAAUACGAUUGCUCAAGCUGCCAUAAAACUUCUUGCGGACUCAAAUAACAUCAUUCACGAGACCUGCGAAUCAUCCGGCGACUGCUUUCCUAAUGCUACUCAGUUCAAGGGAAUUUUUAUGCGCAACUUGUUGCUUUUACAACAAGCUUCGCCAAAUGAUCUAUACGCGAAGGUGAUUCAGUCAUGCGCUCAGAGCAUAUGGGCCAAUGACCGGGAUAAUACUACGAACCAGUUAAGCAUUAACUGGGCAGGUCCAUUUGUUAGCCCGGCCAAUUCGUCUACGCACAGCUCAGCAAUGGACGCGCUGGUGGCUGCAAUCUACCUAUAGAUGUUUACCACAUUUUCUAGUGUUUGGGCAACAGACAACUUUUUUUUAGCUAUAUACAGGACUCUCACCACCCCAUACCUCUUUUAUUUGUAUGUACAUGUUUUCCCGAGCUGUGCUCGGUUGAAUAUGUAAAAGCUAUAUACCUUAAGUGCUGUACUGGCCAUUGAUUCGAAUC